UUCAUUGAUGUCAUUGAUUCAGCCCCCAUUGUCUACAGUAUAUAAGAGUAUAUCGCCAACCCAACAGAAAUACACAGAAGAAAGGGUGAAUGCACAGAAACAGAUUUGAGCAGAAAAGGAGCUUCUGAUAAUGGGGAGUCAAAGAACGCUUUCCGUGUUGCUUCUGUUGAUGAUGGGUAUGGUGACCACUGCUCUUCCUGCAACUACUACUAUUGCAGACAUCACUUCAACGGUUGGCUCUUCAUCAGCCACUGAAACUACUACUAUUGCAGACAUCACUUCAACGGUUGGCUCUUCAUCAGCCACUGUGUGUGGCACCCCUCCACUCAACAACAAAAUAGUGGGAGGAGAAAAUGCCCCUGCAGGAAGUUGGCCCUGGCAGGCAAGUCUCCAAACUUCUGACAGACAUGUUUGCGGUGGGUCCCUCAUCAACAAGGUGUGGGUGAUGUCUGCAGCCCACUGCUUCUCUAGCUCAGACCCAAAUGGUUGGAACAUUAGCCUUGGUCAACAGACCCUGGAGGGGAUUAACCCCAACGAAGUGUCCAGAACUGUGGCUGAGAUCAUUAUACAUCCAGAUUACAACGGUUUAACAAAGGACAACGACAUCGCUCUGCUCAGACUCUCCUCACCAGUCAUCUUCACAAACUACAUCCGACCCGUCUGUCUGGCAGCAAGUGAUAGUGUUUUCAACAAUGGUACUGAUAGCUGGGUGACCGGCUGGGGCAACAUCAAUGAAGGAGUUCCCCUCUCAUCCCCCCAAGAUCUGCAAGAAGUGGAGGUUUCAGUUGUGGGGAACAGACAGUGUGACUGCCUCAAUGGGGCCGGCUCAAUCACAGACAACAUGCUCUGUGCUGGUGAUCUGGCAGGGGGCAAGGACUCAUGUCAGGGUGACUCAGGAGGGCCAAUGGUGAUCCAACAGAACUCUGUCUGGGUCCAGUCUGGGGUUGUUAGUUGGGGUCAAGGCUGCGCUCGGCCCAAUCUCCCUGGGAUCUACACCAGAGUGUCCCGUUACCAGUCCUGGAUCGACUCCCAUAUCAGGACCGACAAGCCAGGCUUUGUCCAAUUUACCUCCAGUGGGGUAGAUGCUGACAGCGAUUACAUCUGUUCUGAUGGCCCAACAACUACUGUCGACGCCUACCCUUACCCUUACCCCUACCCUUACCCCUACCCUUACCCCUACCCUUACCCCUACCCUUGCGAUUCCAUUUUUGAUCAUGGGCACAGUUUGUUCAGCUCCCUUUAUUUGCUGAGCACCUUGUUCAUUCUGAUGUUUCUUACCAUUUAAAUUCUUUCCGUGAUGCAGUCAAGGGCAAGGUUUAAUUGGCAGUCUGAGUGCUAUUCGUUCGGGAGAUGUAUCUUUUAAAGUAAUGGCUGGCGUGCUCUGGAAGAAAGAGAGUUGGGAAGGAGAUAGGAUAUGAGUUGGGAAGGAGAUAGGAUAUGAGUUGGGAAGGAGAUAGCCUAUUGCUGCAUAUCCUAUCUAGUAUAUUGUGUGUUCACUUUUCCCUGGAUAGCCUAUUGCUGCAUAUCCUAUCUAGUAUAUUGUGUGUUCACUUUUCCCUGGAUAGCCUAUUGCUGCAUAUCCUAUCUAGUAUAUUGUGUGUUCACUUUUCCCUGGAUAGCCUAUUGCUGCAUAUCCUAUCUGGUAUAUUGUGUGUUCACUUUUCCCUGGGCACAUCUUGCUGAGUGAGUGUUGUUUUCAAUGGGCCUUACUGUUGUCUUGAUUUAUUUGUGAAGAUGGAUAACCUGAAAUAUAUUUACUUAUUUAUUAAAAGGGCAAUAUGGGAUUCAAACAAACAGUGACCCUGACAUUGUUUUUGUAAAAAGCUUAGGAAUAGAGUCUGAAGAAAUGUAUCUCUUAAACUCAUAGACAGCGGUUUGGAAACAAUGACUGUCUGAUAGCUUUAACCAUGUUUUGUAAGCUUUACAAUGUUUUUUUUUUUUACAAUUACAUUGUUUAUAAAAAAGAUAUUAAAACAAGCUUAUAUUUUGGCUUGUGGUGAAGUAGGACAGCACUAAGCUCAUGAGACAUUUUAAGUUACACUCUUGAAGAAUUAAUGGCUAUAUAUAUCAUUAAAGAUGCACUUUAGUCUCAUUUUCAUCUCAUUUAUCACGUUAUUUAUUUAACAAAAGGCACAUCUCAAUAGGUGGUUCAAGUAAGUCAUGACAUGGCACAAGUGGGAGGGGCUUUUCCCCUUCUGUUCUCUAUUGGUCCUCUAACCACUAAUUUGCACAAAACAUAUAUGUUAUACCCUUAAGUGGGUGUACAUUAAUUGGGAUAGAUAUUGUUUCAACAAGUAACAUUUUUAUUUUAUUUAUUUUUUUAGCUGGAGUGUGUCUAAUUUAUAAGUAAAAUAAAUGGGUGUACUAUUCCCAGAUUGCCCUUUUAAUAUUUGAGAAAUGACAUCCUUUUGCUAUGAAAGUUGUAUAAGAAUGAAAAAUGAAAUGUCUUUCUGGAGCGGCCUGCAGUGGUCUUGUGGUUUAGUGCCACAGCCCGACUGGAUAAGAGCAUCUGCUAAAUGACUGCCAUGUGAAACGUCUCCUGUCUUUCUUGUCUCUUCUUCUAUCUUUCCUAUCAAUUAAAAGCAUGGUUAACACUAUGCUUUAAAUACACAUAUUAACCUUUCCUAAAGAAGGCACUGCAUUGUGAAACUUUGGUUGAGGUUUAUUCAUUAAAAUGUUGUGAACACAUAUAGAGUGGGUUUAUUCAUUAAAAUGUUGUGAACACAUAUAGAGUGGGUUUAUUCAUUAAAAUGUUGUGAACACA